AUGCAUAAGUGGAAUCUUCCGUACCGAGGAAACGACGUCGAGAGCGGCGAUGGGGGCGAGAAAUCUCUGUACCCGACGAUGCUUGAGAGCCCCGAACUCCGGUGGGGUUUCAUCCGAAAGGUAUACUCCAUAAUCGCUUUUCAGCUUUUAGCAACCAUCGCCGUCGCCGCCACGGUGGUCACCGUACGUCCGAUCGCCGUGUUUUUCUCCACUACCAGUGCCGGUCUUGCUCUCUGGAUAGUUCUUAUCAUCACCCCCUUAAUAGUUAUGUGUCCUUUGUACUAUUACCACCAGAAGCAUCCGGUGAACUACUUGCUUCUAGGGAUUUUCACGGUGACUCUGGCAUUCGCCGUCGGAUUAACAUGCGCAUUCACCAGCGGGAAAGUGAUUCUUGAAUCAGCGAUUUUAACAACAGUAGUGGUGCUUUCCUUAACUUUCUACACCUUCUGGGCAGCAAAAAAAGGAUAUGACUUCAAUUUCCUCGGACCCUUUUUGUUUGGUGCUAUCAUCGUACUCAUGGUGUUCGCCCUUAUUCAGAUUCUGUUCCCGUUGGGUCGGAUCUCAGUGAUGAUCUAUGGUUGUUUGGCGUCGAUAAUAUUCUGUGGCUACAUAGUCUAUGAUACAGACAAUCUCAUCAAACGCUACAGUUACGAUGAGUAUAUUUGGGCAGCAGUUGCGCUCUACUUGGACAUCAUUAACCUCUUCUUGUCUCUCCUUACCAUUUUCAGAGCUGCCGAGGGUUAA